AUGGCAGAUGGAUCUCGAACUGAAGCUGAACAACUGAACAAGAGCACCAAGGAGAAUUCCGGAGAAGAGUCCACUGGAGAAAGAAAUGAACAAGAGCUUCCGCAAAACGAAAAUAGUGAGACGUGGAAGAUUCAUAGGAAUGAAAUCAGCUCAUCUGAAGCCACAGAAGUUGGGCUUUUCGACUUCAACAACGACUAUCGUGCAGGUUAUAUUGAUGGUCUUGAAGCAAGGAGGGGUCGAAACUACGACAUUAAGGGCAAUAAAAUCCAUUCAAGCAAAGGCCAGCGUGUGGGGAUUGGCAAAUUUGGCAACAACUACUCCAUGUCGAACGUUCGUAUCCCAUAUUCCGCAUCGGAUAUGCCGUUCCGUUGGAGUGACAAAUGCAAUAGGAACAAGAAGAAAUAUGAACCCCACGUUGAAGUAGCGUUCCCAUCCCCAACAAGCCUUGCUGUGGCGUGA